AGCAGGUAAAGUGUAUGCAUGGACAUUGUCAAGUGACGACGUGUUGGGGCGCUGAUCUAAAAAGCGACAAGUGAAAGUUACAGGUGAGGUGUCCAUAGGGUGGGCGGAGGUAAAACGAUGGGAUCUGGGGGAGAACUUACUCAAUACACCUGGGAGGAGGUCCAGAAACGGUGCACCCGCGAGGAGCGAUGGCUGGUCAUCAAACGCAAAGUGUAUGACAUCACAAGAUUCUGCAUGAAGCACCCAGGAGGACACCGGGUCAUCAGCCACUACGCUGGGCAAGGCUCCCAAGAUCCGUUCACUGCAUUCCACAUUGAUAAGGAGCUGGUACAGAAACAUAUGAAAUGUCUGCUGAUUGGGGAACUGGCGCCUGGACAGCCUUGUAUGGAGCCCAGCAAAAAUGCGGCUAUGGUGGAGGAUUUCCGCACGCUGCGCUCCACCGUGGAGCAGAUGGGUCUCCUUAAUCCAAAUAAGUUAUUUUUCGUUGGAGUUCUUCUGCACAUCCUGCUGCUGGAUGUACUGGCCUGGCUGAAUCUGUAUUAUUUUGGCCCUUCGCUCAUCCCAUUCCUGAUCACAUCUCUGAUCCUAGGCACUGUUCAGGCUCAGGCUGGGUGGCUGCAACAUGACUUUGGCCACCUGUCAGUUUUCAGCAAAUCAAAGUGGAACCACAUAGUACAUCAGUUUGUGAUUGGACAAUUGAAGGGUGCGCCUGCCAGCUGGUGGAAUCACUUGCAUUUCCAGCAUCAUGCCAAACCCAACUGCUUUCGCAAGGACCCGGAUAUUAAUAUGCAUCCACUUUUCUUUGCGCUGGGAAAGAAGCUAUCAGUGGAGCUUGGAAUUAAAAAGAAGAAAUAUAUGCCAUAUAAUCACCAGCACAAGUACUUUUUUCUGAUUGGUCCUCCAGCGCUGCUUCCCCUCUACUUUCAGUGGUACAUUUUCUACUUUGCUGUCCAGCGCAGGCAGUGGUCUGAUUUGGCUUGGAUGAUUACAUUCUACGUGCGGUUUGCCUUUUGUUAUUUCCCGCUACUUGGGGUUGGUGGCACAAUCAGCAUGUUUAUGUUAGUCAGGUUCCUAGAGAGUAACUGGUUUGUGUGGGUGACACAGAUGAACCACAUUCCAAUGAACAUAGACUACGAUCAGAAUAAGGAAUGGCUUGUGGCACAGCUGCAAGCCACAUGCAAUGUGGACCAGUCUCUGUUUAACGAUUGGUUCAGCGGACAUCUCAAUUUUCAAAUUGAACAUCAUUUAUUUCCCACAAUGCCAAGACACAAUUACUGGAAGGUCGCUCCUCUGGUCCACUCACUUUGCAAGAAGUAUGGCAUCGAAUACCAGUCCAAACCACUGUUUACUGCAUUUGCUGAUAUAGUUCAUUCCCUCAAGGAGUCUGGGGAGUUGUGGCUAGAUGCGUACCUGCACAAGUAAGGAGUCACCAGUCUACCGGAUGAACAUCGGAGGUAUAAGAAAGCCCAGGGAACUAUUGCUGCCAAGAACAUUGUAUUUCACAACAUUCCUCUAGUGUCCACUCUGCUACGUAAUCAGCCCGGACCUCUGAAACCCUGCAGAGCU